ACUCUACUUCCUCUCCUGGGUAGUCAGACCUCCUGAGCAGUCUUCACACUAUCAUCUGCAACGAUGAACACCAGAACCAGCAUGACAAGCACCAGGUCCACGCGUUUCGGAACUGGGAGCCUUAGUGGAGGUGGAGGUGGAGGCUCAAUGCAAAGGGGAUAUGCCUCAAGUGUGUAUGCCGGUGCAGGUGGCACUGGAUCUAGAAUCUCCACAAGCUCUUAUGGAGGUGGUGGUCUGAGGAGCAGCUUUGGAAGUGGAGGUGGAGGUGGAGGUGGAGGAUAUGGUGGAGGAUAUGGUGGAGGAUUUGGUGGAAGCUUUGGUGGAGGAUUUGGUGGAGGUGAUGGCGCGGAUCUGCACGUCUCUGCCAACGAGAAAGCCACCAUGCAGAACCUGAACGACCGUCUGGCCACCUACCUAAACAAAGUGCGCAGCCUUGAGAAGGCCAAUGGCGAGCUGGAGCUGAAGAUCCGCCAGUUUUUGGAGAGCAAAACCGCCCCCAAUGCCCGUGACUAUUCUGCUUUUGAGCUCACCAUUGCUGACCUGCAGGGAAAGAUCCAGGCUGCCACCUGUCUCAAUGCAGGAAUCUAUCUGUCUAUUGACAACGCAAAACUGGCAGCAGACGACUUCAGAACCAAGUAUGAGAAUGAACUUGCCAUGCGUCAAUCGGUGGAGGCAGAUAUUGCUGGUCUGAAGAGACUGUUGGAUGAGCUGACACUGGCCAGAUCAGACCUGGAGAUGCAGAUCGAAGGACUCAGGGAGGAGCUGAUCUACCUCAAGAGGAACCACGAGGAGGAAUUGGCAGCCAUGCGCACCCAGAUGACUGGACAGAUCAACGUGGAGGUGGACGCAAAACCACAGGGAGACCUGAACGCCGUAAUGGCUGAGAUCCGUGAGCAGUAUGAAGCUGCAGCAGCUAAGAACCAGAGAGAGCUGGAGGCCUGGUUCCAGACAAAGUCAGAGACGCUGAACCAGGAGGUUGCAGUCAGCACAGAAGUUCUCAAUACCACCAAGACAGAGAUCUCAGAGCUCCGUCGCACACUGCAGGGCCUGGAGAUCGAGCUGCAGUCACAAUUGAGCAUGAAAGCGGCACUGGAAGGCACCUUGAACGACACAGAGUGCCGUUACUCCAUGCAGCUCCAAAGCCUCCAGAUGCAGGUAACGAGCCUGGAAGGACAGCUGAUGCAGCUGCGUGGUGACAUGGAGCGCCAGAGCCAAGAGUACAAGAUGCUGCUCGACAUCAAGACACGUCUGGAGAUGGAGAUCGCAGAAUACAAGAGGCUGAUGGACGGAGAGGGCAGUAUGGGUAGUGGUUCAUCAAAAAGCAACACCACAACAAAGGUCGUCGUGGUCACACAGGAAACAAAGGAUGGCCAGGUGGUGUCCACCACCAGGACAACCACAUAAUCUGUCCCACAAAGCAACCACAGCACAGAGGGUCACACCCGAAGAACCCAAGCUCAACAUCAAAACCAAAACCUUCCUUCAUAUGCACAUGUGAAUGCAAUAAAAGGCUCUCUGUUUGCUCACUA